GACCCCUCUCAGUCUUCUCUCUGGUGAUACAUAGAGGAUAUCAUGUCGUCAAAAAGUGGACCGUAUACAAGAGGUAUCAAAAAUUGGAUACGGGAUUAUUUUUCGAUAAAAGACGACAGUAUAAGUAUAUUGAUAUGCGAUAUUUGUGGUACAGAAAGAAAGAAUGAUUCCGAUAUCGAAAAUAUAUAUAGACAUUUAUCUACUAUGCAUACGGAUAUUUAUCAAAAAACUGAAAAGAUAAGAACUAAACAAUGGGAAUCGUUCUUUGAAAGGGUGCCAUGCUCAACUGAUAGUACAAAAAGCGUUAUAAAAUGCAAACUAUGUGAUCAAAAUCCAUAUAAUAAAAAGCUUCAAAUAUACAUGAAUUGCGAGAAAUAUAUAGAAAUACAUUUAAAAUACCAACAUAACGUUACGGUAAAUGAAUGGAGAGAUCUUAGAAAAUGGCGAGCGAAUCUAACCGAAACGUAUUAUGACCUGAUUGAGGAAGAUGAAGAUAAAAAGAUAGAAUCAAUCAAAAAAACGAAAAUGUGUAAGAAAUGUGAACAUCAGUUUCCAUGUAGUAAUCUAUGCAUCAUGCUCAAGCAUUUUAUCCAAUAUCAUCCAUCCGACAUUACCUUCGCACGCGCUUCACCUUCGAAACUAUAUUUACCUUUGGAUAUACUACCAAAAGGAUUAAUUAAAUCGAAUGAGAUUGAAGCUAUUGUAAAUUCUGAUGUUGCAAUGUUGAGGAGCAGUCCAUCAAUAUCUGGCCAAUCUGAUGUCCUGAUGUGGCUCAGUCUGAUGAAAGAUCUUGAUUUCAUGUAUACUAAUUAUUGGUCAAUAGAAUAUGUAGAUGCUGCACCGACCAUGAAUCCACAGCUACCAACAUCUGACCUUUCUGAUAGCAGCCUUCGAGAACUUGCCAGUAAACGCCAUCUAAAGCAACAAUCAUCAUCUGACCAUUUUGAUGACCUCCUUCUGAAGCAAGAACAUGCCAGUUACAAGAAAACUGAUAAUUCGCCAACAGAAGAUGUAGAUGCUGCAUCGACCAUGAAUCUACAGCCAUCAACAUCUUCUGGCCGUUUUAAAAGCAGCUCUGGAAAACCUUCCAGGAAACGCCGUAAAAUCAAUUAAAAUGCAAGCAGUGACAAAGAUGAUUAGUGAUAUUGCACGAAGCAACACCAUCGCUUCAACAUCUACACACACAAGUUCCGUCUCUAGAUUUGAUUUCUGAUACUUUAGUAUCAUUAUAUUGUAAUCAAGACACUCGAUAUUCUCCUGUUUAUAUUAUUGAAAGUAUUGAAAAACAAUGAAAAGAAUUUUUAACAUAAUUCAAACCAUUGACAUCUGAAUAGAUAGACGGAACAUUAGCUAUCGAUUAAGACAAGAAGGGCUUUAAUCGCUGAUAAUCGCAGUAAUGGGGAACUCUAUGAACUUCAGUUGAAUUAGGUUACUCCCGAUAAUGAACGGUUAAUAAUUCGAUUCCAACUUCUUUCAUUAACAUCAAAGUUCUGCUCACAUGCAUUGUGCGAAGUUGUGUUGUGAC